CUUACGGUAUUUUUUUAAGAUAGUCCCAUAAAAUAUUUACAAAACUUUGUGAAAUUUACCUUUUUAAAAAAUCCCCAAACCGCAAACUGACAGUUUCCCAAAAAAAAAAACUGAGUCCAAUUAUCACGGGGGCUUAGGUGGCUUCACUCUGAACUCUCUCACAGCCUCGGUGUGAGAUCGGAUGAGAGGGAGCCUUGCCCCUGACAUUUCGGCCCCAUUUUCUCCUACAACCUUGGACAAGAGAGGAGAGGGAGAGAAGGGAGGCGCGUGAUUCGAUCGAGAGAAUAGGGAGCAAAGUGGAGCGAGGGUUUGGGCGGCAAAUCAGCCGGGCGGAAGGAACAAGAUUCCUUCGACGACGACGAUCUCUCUAUCUAUCUGGAUCUCCUCCUGCUCCCCGAGUCUCCCGCUCCUGCCACCACUCACCGCUCGCUCCCACACUCUUCGCCCUAUAUAUAUACCCCCUCCUCCAUCGAUUCGGUAGCCUGCCACAUCCGUGCUUGCAUGCGGCUCAACUCCUCUUGUGUUCCUCCGAGAACCACGCCUCCAUCGAUCGAUCGUCUGCGAUCCUUGUCACGGCUUGAACUGUGAUCAAGAAACGCCUUUCUGAUCGAUGCGCGGUUGAUUGAUCUUGGUGCGGACGGAGGGAGAGAGAGAGAUGGUGCAGGAGCACGGCGGGAGUAACCACCUGCAGCAGCAGCAUCAGCACCAGCUGGCGAAGUACGGCGGCGGUGUGGCUGGCACCGGCGUGGCGCGGGCGUCGAGGAAGAACAAGCCCAAGAAGGUGCCCCAGCGCGGCCUCGGCGUGGCGCAGCUGGAGAAGCUCCGGAUCGAGGAGCAGAAGAAGAUGGAGGGUGGCGCCGCGUUGUCCUCCCACGGCGCGCUCGGCGGCGGUGAUGGCGUCCUCGGCCACCUCCCUCCUCCGCCGCCGCCGUCGCUCGCGUUGAGCGCCCUGCAGUCGAGGUCCGCCGCGGACGGUGGCUUCCCGGCGGCGCUCUGGAGCCCAGUGGAUCCCAUCAAACACCCGUACAAGAGGAGCCUGUGCCCACAGCCUCCAUCCCCGAUGGUGAGCACGGGCCUGUCGCUGACGGCGUCGGCGCGCCACCCAACGGAGCCCCCUUCAAACCAAAUGUACAGCAGCAGCGGCAGCAGGAGCAGCGCCGCGGCGGCGGAGGAGGAGAGGGAGACGGGCGGCGUGGACAGGUCAUGGCCUUUCAUGUUCAAGGGCAUGGCCGCCUUCAGGACGACGACGAGCAGAGCUCCUCCUCUGGUGGCGCCUUUCUCGGCGAGGACGACGACCACCGGCGAGCUGGCAGGGUUGGCCGAUGUUGGUCCUGACCUGAGCAGAUACGAGUUCAGAGCAACAAAUUAUUUCAGUGCCAAUGCAAAUUAUUCAGACUGGACAUCUGACUUUGCUCACUGCAAAAGCAGCAAGGAGAACGGCCGUGCCAGAGACCCUGCCUUCCUCACCUUGAGCUCACAGCCUCCACACCUCCUCAAGCAGCCUCAUGUGGUGCCAUCAUACAACGACUUCAGUGCCAUGGCAUCUCAGGGAAGCAACAUUUCAUCAUCGUCGUCGCAGCCAUUCUACAGCUUCCUUCCAGUCGGUCCGGUUCGUUGCGAAAGGACCUUGAGCGAGUGCAAGACCGAUGUGUCUGAAGGCGUCGACUUAGAACUGAAGCUAGGAAAUUGCUGAACUGAACUUGUCCUGUUGCUUUCUGAAAAAAAAAAACUGCAAUGAGGUUUACCCAAUUACCCUGUUGUGUGAAAAAAAGUAGAAACUUGUUUAGUCAGUAAGACCAGAUGUAUAAUCAGUUGCUUCUAGAAGAUGCUUUCCCUCCCAAUAAUCAUCUGCUGAUGGUUUACUCUGUCCCCAGUUCAUUUCUAGCAAAGCAAAAGAGUGUGCAUAAUGGAAACAUGAAGCAUUUAUAUUA